AUGUCUACCUCGGAGAAGUCACCUUAUUUUGCCUAUUCCUUUAAAAAUCGAGGAGGAAGAGAUGCCCUCUCAAUACAUUACUACUUGCAUAGAUCAAGACUUGAAAAUUCGAAAUCAGUGAUAGAUAAUAAAACGCCACGAACGAUGGUGGUCCGGCCAAAGAAAAGAAAUCAACAUCUCAACGGUGAUAUGACGGAAUCAAGAGCUGAUAGCUCCUACAACUUUACUUCUCCCUCUCUUUCAGGUUUUCUAAAUUCGCCUCGGAGCGCAGCAAACUCUCCGUCAUCACCUUCCAAGAGUCGUGCUUCGUCAAGUAGAUCCAGAGGCCCUCGCUCUCAAUCAGCUCUGUCUCAUCAAUCUCUAAGGCAGAGAUGUAUGACAUCCAUGUCGGAAGAACUUAGAAAUCCAUCACCACUUAGUUUUUCAGAAAUACAAGAAAUAGAGGAAUUAAGCACUCACAUAUCGCAUCAACUGGAACAACAAAAUGCAUCAGAGAGAAGAGCUCAAUUCGAUCAAUACGUUAUUAAUACACCUAGAGAGAGGUUUUUGGAAGACAAAAACGAUCUGGAAAUAUACAACCGAUUUGCUGCAAUGGUGAGCAAAUUUUCUAACUCGGAGGUUGAGGAAAUUCUUGAAGGAGUGAGGAAACAUGUACAUGACUAUAAAUUACUAAGAGAAUUUGGUGGCGAUUCUUAUGAACAUUAUUGA